AAAAAAAAAAAAAAAAAAAAAAAAAAUAGUUGGAAUCAUUCGAAAGGUUUGGUUAUAACUCGCGCAGUAACGGUUAUUUAAAUUGUAAUUUCUGAUAGCGUAUGCAUGCCUGUAUGCAUGUAUGCUUGUUUGCAUGUGUUUGCGUGUGUGCUUUCAUUUCGCCAUAUAAAUGAAUGUAAGAAAAGAAAAAACUACGUAUUGCAAAACGCGUAAAGCACAAACAAACAAGCAAAACGCAGAGAAACCAAUAUUGUUUUUUCAUUAAUUGAAAGGAAAGGAAAUUAAUUCGCGAAAAGUAAUGACAGAAAUCAAGGGGUGUAAAAAAAGAAAAAAUAAAGAAAAACAAAAAGGGAAUAUUUGAACAGCAAAAAAAAAACAAAAAAAAAACAAAUGAGAAACUGAAUGCUUUUAAAUACGCGCUCGUUUGUAAUUUGUAAGCUUGCAAAUAAGUUUAAAGCCAUAACAAAAAUAUAAUAUAUAUAUGAAAUAUUUAAAUUUGUAAGCGUUUGUUCUUGUUCGUAUUGUUGCUGUCAGUUGUUAAGUGUGCCAGAGGACUCGUUUUAUAGCGUUGCUUGUAACAAGUAACACCUCAGUUCGUCUAUACCGGCAAGCCCAACAGCAGCAGCAUAAAUGACAUUUAAAAACCAGAUAUUUUCCAUUUGUUUUAUAUCAAAAUAAAACAACAUCAACAACAACAAUAAUACCCCUAAAAAAAAAAGACGAAAAAGAAAAAACGCUGAAAACAAAUUAGCUAAGCUUGGCAAAAAAGGUAAAGAGAGCAUGAGAAGUACAAGAUUGUAUAUGCACACACAAUCGUACAUAUAAACAUAUAUGCAAGCAAAACUUACGUUCCGAACGAGUGAGAAAAAAGAGGUCAAAGCAAAUGUUAACGCGUUUGUUAUAAUGUAACGUCAACAUCGUACAAAACAGCAACAAAAAACACAUAAUAAAUCGUCGACAACAGGCAAAACGGGGAAGAAGUGACAUCGUUGCCGAUGUCAAGAUAAGAGGAAAAAUAGAAAGAAAAAAAAAAACGCCGCCACUCGCGUAACAACUAAAUUUAAGGCAAUCUCUGUUUUUGGAAUGUAAACAACAAACAGAAUUAAGUUCAUGAUAAAGUUGAUGACGAUCGAAACGACACAGUAGCGAGAGAAGGCAACGACAACGCCUGAACGACUUAACGACAAAGACAAAGGCACACACACACACACUCGGUGCCGUCAACAUUUCGAGGGAAUAAUAUCAACAUUAGCUGGAAGUUACACUAAACGACGACAACGAUGCAUAAGUUAGGCUGGCUAAGUCUAAGAAGAAGUUGAUACCAAACUGGUUUAACAAUAAUAAUAGCAACAACAACAACAACAACAACAACAAUAAUAAUAAUAAUAAUAAUAAUAAUAAGAAGAAGAAGAAUAAGAAAUAUAGUAAUAACAAUAAUAGUAAGUAGAGACAGCUGCAGCAGUUAUAACUUGUUUAACAACAACUGUGUCAAAUGUGAGCAUACAACGGUUAACAACAAAGGCAACAACGAAAGCAACGAAAAUAAAACCUUUUCAUAUAAUAGAGGCAAUAAUAAGCUCUUGUAUCGCGUACAACAACAACAACAACAACAACUGAAGUCAGAGUAGAAAAAUUGGCUGCUGGUUGUUUAUUUCAUUUUUUUUUUCCUCUCUAUUUAUUUAAUUUUUUUAUUUUUUUUGUUAUUUUUUAUUAUCCAACAACACAAAAGCCCCAUGAAUUUUCUUACGCUUACUGGCUUUUGCUAAAGCUUUUUUUUUUUUCUGCUUUUUGCUUUUUUUUUUACCAUUCACUAAGUCAACGUUACAUGAAUAGUGAAUGGAGAUGCGAUUUACGGGCAUAGAAUGCUCAGUUCCGUUUCUUUAACGUACGAGCGAGCAUACAUACACUCAUAAACACCUGCAUAUCCCGUUUUUUUGUAAACAGCAAAAAAAUAUAAUAAAACGUGUAACGCGCGACGGACGAGCGCACGGGCAGGAAACGAAAGUUGUGUAAAAGUCCCAAUGGACGGAGAACAAUGUGUGCAUAAAAGCAUGAAAAUGAAUUACGACAAUAAUUAACGAGAAUACAACGGCAUACAAAAUAUAUAUACACACACACACACACACGUGCACGUACGAAAGUAACAAGGAUCUCUUCUUUGGCUUCUUUUCUUCAUCAUCAUUUUCUUCGUGUUUUACGUUUCGACUCUGCAAGCUGCUCUACGAACAUUAACAAGAUAAUCAACACCCGCGCAAACAGGGUAAUCUGAUGCGUAACGAGUAAAACGGAAAAGGAAACAGGAACGAAAUCAGUAGCUACUAACAGCCAAUUAGCAGCAACAAGAGCAGCAACCGAGAAAUUAUCAAAACAUUAUUUACACACGACACACAUAUCAGUGUAUCCUCAUCAUCAUCAACAUAACUUGCAAAGUUGAAGCCUGGCGCACUCGUCCUACACCGAGUGCCAUUAUCAUCCAAGUUAAUGUAAAUUAUUGGCAAAAAACAACAAAAAAAAAAACAGACAAAAAGGAAAACAUAAAACUGAAUUUUUUCUAUUGUAACGUAAGCUGUGUGUUUAUGGUCUGCAGGAGGCUGUUGCGGAGCACACAUGGCAAAUGGCGGGGGAGAGACGAACACCGGAACCAGCCGAAUGGAAAUAAUGUGUUGCCAUUAAAUUACAAAACAAAAGCAUCAUUAUCACGGACAGUGCAAGCGGCAGCAGCACCCUCGGCAUCAUUAUCAUCAUCAUCGUCAUCGUCAUCGUCAUCAUCAUUAAUGUACUUACCAGUCGACAACGGUGAUGGCAGCAGUUCCUCUUCGGUUCGUAUCGAUGUGACAACACUGAAACGCCACAAAAGCUAUGCUUCACCGGAAACUGUUAUAUUGGUGGCAAGUUCCGUUAAUGAAAAGCAAAUUUUGGAAAAAGCAUUUAGACGGGCCGAUAAAAAUCGUGACAAUCUAUUAAACAUUCAGGAGUUGGCUCAAUAUAUAAAUAAAAAUAUUGUUGAUCACAUUGACGAAGCUAUACGAUUGAAUCCCCGUGAAUUUCGACGGGUCGAUAUCACGCCCGCUGAUGGUCUUAUCACAUGGGAUGAAUAUCAUCGUUUCUUUUUGAAGGAGCACGGCAUGACCGAGGCCGAUAUCGAUGAACAUAAUGAAAUUAAACAUACCGGCCUGAAUCGGAAAGCUCGCGAAGAUAUGAUGCGCGAUAAGGCGAGAUGGUCGGAGGCGGCUCGCACAGAUUUAUUUACUUUAACCAUCGAUGAGUAUUUGUCGUUCAGGCAUCCAGAAUCGAGUAUAUCGAAUUUAUUGGAACUGGUUGAUGAUCUGUUAAGGCAAUUCGAUCAAGAUGGUGAUGAACAAUUGACAAUAGAAGAAUUUUCGGAAGUAAGCGGCGACGACGAUGAUGAUCUAAUACGUAAAUCAUUGAUAUCGAAGACGGUGGUCGAACGUCGCGAAGAAUUCAAGCGUAUAAUCGAUAAGAAUCACGACGGGAAGGCUGACCGGGGUGAACUGCUAAAUUAUGUGAAUCCCAAGACUCCGAGAUAUGCUCUACAAGAGGCGGCGACUCUAUUUAGUUUAUGCGAUGAAAAUCAUGAUAACAAAUUAUCAUUGGAUGAGAUGGCGGCAAAUGCUGAAAUCUUUUUAACCUCAAAAAUGAUCGACACAGCUCAUAGCUUUCAUACAGAAUUUUAAUUAAGCGAUUAACUCAAGUUUGUAGAUUUAAUAAGAAAAAGGAAAAGAAUUCAAAAAAAAAAAAAAAAAAAAAAAAAAACAAACACACAAAUUCACUCUUAACUUUUGCUGUGACACUUUAACAUAUCGCUCUUGUUCACAUUUGCUCUCUACCUUUUUGUAAAUAUGAAAAACUUGAUAUAUAAAAUCCAAUUUAUUAAAUUGUCUGUAUGUUUGUACGUAUGUACAUAUAUUUGUAGCGAAUCUCAUUUACUUAUUUGUGCCCCCAUUGUCAUAUAAAAUAUCUUUCAUUCCAGGUUAUCUUGUACUUGUACAUUUUGAAUGUUCACAUUCAGUCACAUUAUUGCUAUCGUCUCUC